UUCCGAAAUGAAGGAGAGUUCCGAGUGAGACCAAAAUGCAUGGAGAAGUUAUAUCUGUAUACCUGGUCAUGUAAUCGUAUUACCAUUACAUUAUAUUGCUGAUUUGGCCUGCAUAUAGGAGAGAGGAAUCAUGCCCCUUCCAGCGGCAUUGUUGGCGCGUCUGCAGAAAAGGGGAAUUGUUAAAGAAAAGGAAGAAAAACCAGUCACACUGACACCAGUGCCAGUGUCAAGUUCGGAGCCAGUUGAAGAGGUUUUCGCUGAAGAUUAUGAUGAUCCAACCAAAGACCAGAACUCCAAUUUGGAAGAAGAAGAAAGUCCUGCUAUAAUCCCUGAACCUGAAAAUGUAGGACCCCUCUUCUGGGAAGUGUCUGCAUGUCCCAAUAAAAAUAACCCUUAUCACAAAUGUGUCGCUUACUGUCAUGAACGAUGGGGAAUGGAAACUUUCAAUGGCAGUGAAGAUAUGCUGAGGAAACGAGAUCGAAUGCUUCGGAGACAUCCACUCCCGGAGGGAUGGGAGGAAGUCGCAGACUCGGAAAGCAACAGGUACUAUUACUGGAACGUACUGACUGAUGAAGUGUCCUGGCUGUCACCGUCUCACCCCUUGGCAAAUGUCACAGUUUCUGCACAGAGAGUCAAAAACAUUUCCAUGGACAUUUCUGCACAUCUGGAUGGUUUUGACAGCGAGGAAGAUAUGGAAACGAAAUCAGAGAGUGAUCUGAGCCCAUCCUCUAGUGAUUCUGAGUCUGAGGAGGAGGAGAUGGUGGUGGAAGAAAAACGGCCGAGAGGUGGACAAGGUCAUGGUCAAAGGGGUAGGGGACGUGGCAGAGGUGGGCGACGGGAAAAGGAUGAACUCGAUCCAAUGGACCCCGCCUCUUAUUCCGAAGUUCCCAGAGGGACAUGGUCAACUGGACUAGACAGACGAGGAGAGGCCAAAACAGGGGCAGACAUCACAGCAUCUGGACCUCUCUUCCAGCAACGUCCCUACCCCAGUCCAGGGGAAAUAUUACGCAGGAAUCAGGGCAUGCCGAAAGAGUAAACAUAACACAUUGGAACCAAGGAACCAAGGCGUGACAUUUUCUCCAGAUAAAGUUAUGCAUGUUUGCAUUUAAUCGAGGUCUGGACGCGUAUUCAUUAAACUGUUCUCACGCUCAAGCCCAGAUUCUGUGCUCAAGCCCGAUUUCUUGUGCCAGUGAUAAGGUUAUUAAAAAAAUCAUAUUUUGUCAAUAAUAUGUCAGAAAUUUUGAAAGACUUAGAGCUGAUUACUGUUUUCAGUGCUUACAUUAGACUUUUUGGCCAUGUUACAUGAUUUAAGCGGCUUACGAGAAAGUCGGCUUGGGCACAGAUGUCCGGCUUGGGCACAGAUGUCUGGCUUGAGCACAAGAAUGGUUUAAUGACUACAGGCCCUGCUUGUACCUUGAAUCUUUCAGUCUUUUUACGUCAAAGUCUUUUCAACAUCUGGAAAGUGUCGGGGACAGUGUCACGUCACCAAAAAGGAGGACAUAAAAACAUUGUGUUUCUGGUAUAGAUGAAAUCUAUCAAAGUCACCUGUUAUGCCUUGUUCUGUAUGUUUAUACAAGUAUAUGAAGAACAUGGUUACCUGUUUCAUCAGUAUCUUAAAUCAUUUCAUUGCAUUGUAAAUAAAAUCAUUUGACUGAAAA